GCGUCGUAUUUUACAUCUCAAUCGCAUUAGUACUCAAUAAGUAUUCGGAUUGUACCACUCAUCCUAGAGUCAAAAUGUAUGGUCCUAAAGUAACAGUCAUAGAUCGUCGGAAACCUGAUUCGAAAAUUGGACAAGAUAUAAUUAAUGAGGUAAAAAUCAUUUCCCAGCCAGAAGAUUUUUUGGAUGAACCUAGCUGCCAUGAAUUGCGRCUAAUGUGGCGCACCUACCAGAGGCAAAAUCAAUUGACACCGUCAAGCAGCAAUUUACCGCUGACUUUCGAUCCGUUUGCAUUUAAUACAUGGGAAGAUUACAUUAAGCCGAGAUAUAUAAACAGACAGAAAUCAAUGAUGUUUGAACGAGCCAUACCAGAAAGGUUUCAUAUAUUUAGGCGACUUAGACCAUUUGAAAAAAUCGCUAGACUGACCACUACAACGAGGGCCAUCAUGGACGAUCAAUUGACAAGAAAAGCAAAUUUAUUUCGUCUGGGUUAUCAACCCUUAACAAAAAUACCUAUAAUCGCCAUGCGCCUGACAGCCAAAGAUAGAUUUCAAGAGUUAAAAGAACUGAUGCGUCACCAGAAGAUAAACAAUUAUCAAACGGGAGACGGCGAUGAUGAUCCGUUUUCCGUCGUACCGAUCACCGCGGCGGCGGUCACUUCUAACGGCACUGCGGGUAAAAAACGACCAGGCUACGAGUCGUUGAUGUCACGACCCAGACACUUUUCACAAGGGCACUAUAUGAACGUGAGACCGAACGGUGAACAGAUCGACGAUACUGCGACAGCUACACCUCAGUAUAAAUCUUCGCCGCUUAUCAAACCAUGGAAUUCUAGAUGGUAAAUGUCAUAAUGACAAUAUUGCGUCCACAGUAAAGCCCGAAAUAUAUAUAGGUACACAAUAUUAUGUUCACAUAUAUUCAAAGCAAAUCCUACGUCCAUUCACAGAAACUUACCAUUUGUCUUCCUUCCAGCGAUGAAUUAUCCGAUCUGUUGCGCUUAUUCUURUGUAUAAAUAAAACAAGGUUAAGGUAAGUAUAGACACUAAUUAUUAUUUAUCUUACAUUGAUUACAUUUU